UAUAUCGCAAGUCUAACCUGUAGGAUAUUUACUUUAUACAUCUUACACUGUUCCUGAAAGUAACCGGCACUACUGUGUGAUUUUUGUUUCAAAUUCAGUCAAAAUGACACUGGACAAACCAGACAUGUCCAACUUUCGAGUUAUAGUUUUAUUAGCUGUUGAUGAUACGGAAUAUUCGGAAUAUGCUUUUAAUUGGUAUCGAGAUUUUGUUCACAGACCAGAAAAUUUCCUAGUUUUAUUACACUGCACAGAACAUGAUAACCAGGAAUUACGUGAUGCUAGUCCAGGAAGAACGAAGACUAUGAUAGUCGAAUUAACAGAAAGAAUGAGAUUUAUUGAGGAUAAGUUUGGUCAACUUAUGCAACGAUCAGGAAUAUCUGGUAGAAUACAGCGAGGCGGUGGAAAGCCUGGAGAAGCUAUUAUUAAAGCCGCCGUCGAAGAAGGCGCUAGUAUGAUAGUCACCGGAACACGAGGAUUAGGAAAGAUAAAACGAACAUUUUUGGGCAGUGUUAGUGAUUAUGUGGCCCAUCAUUCACCAGUGCCUGUUAUUAUCUGUAGAAAAACCUGCAAAUCUUCUGAAUAACCAAUUAAAAUAUCUAGUAUUAUUCCAAGCAGCAUGUUUGGUGUUAAACUAUUACACGAACAUUGUUCAUACUGCCUUCAAUUAACUGUAUUUAUUAGGAGAUGUUUUCAACUAGAGCAGUUUUCAGACUUGGUGAUCUAGCUACAGUGUGAAUAUACAAAUAGGCAGUGGAUGAACAUGGUCCAGAUUUGAGCAACGAUAACACUUUUGAUUAAUAUUUCCAUAACAAUGCUUGCUAUCCUUAACUUCCCACAGUUACUUCGAUACUGAAGCACUAUUCUCACUAUAUUUCUGUAACAGAUUCACAUUAGUUCUUUUUUUACAGUAUUAAUGUGUAUGCUGUCGCACUUAAGCUUAAUACCUUACAUAAUUAUUGUUAUGUUUGCAUUCUAAACUAUUUCUCUAUGCUAUAUUCUAUAAUACCCUUUCAUAUUCAGUUAUAUUCGCAUUCUAGAAUAGUCGUCUAUUUUGAGAUGUUAUAUUCACAGUUUAAAAAAGCCCACUAUAUCUCGAUGUUGUAUUAAGCAAGGAAGCAAAAUAUCACCCUCGAAUUAAUAGGGGAACCCCAAAAUCAGUGUUUGAAUUGUCUUACAAUUUAAAUAUGCGUAGUUCGCAAUAGUUAUAUUAUAAUUAUAUAAUAAUGUGCAUAAUAUAAUUACAAGGAGAAAACUUUAAAUUGUCUUAUAUCAAAAAAAGUAAGACUAUGAAAUGAUAUAUGGUUGUAACUGAUCGUUAAUUCUUCUAUGACAAAUUGUUAAUCUACUCUCUGUUAUUGCCUUUUCCCACCAUAGAGACAUAGUAAUAUUCACUUUAAUAGAGAUAUGUGUCGUAAAAAAAAAGACGAACAAAUAAGCCUUUCAAAAAAGGUUGCUUCCCUCGAAUUUAACAGCUUUUGAAAUCUAGAUGUCGAUUUUGUCAAAAUAAAAGAAGGCUAGAUCAAAUGCAAGUCAAAUCGUCUGAGACAUUAUUAGACUUGAAACCUUGUGCUGUGCGAUAAGACAGGACUUGUAUUCCUCACAAUAUGCGAAACCUAAACGAUGCAAGCUAUAACUAAUUGACAGACAUUGAGGCAGCCUAUGGUUACUGGGCAAUGGGGGAUAACUGACUAUAUACAAUAUUUUAUACAGAUUUUGAAAUCAUCUUUGUAGGUUUUACCCUGCACUUGUACAAAACGAAUAAAAUAAAAUUUAUUUGUCACGGUC